CGGCUGUCGGCCCUUUCCGCCGAUUUUAAUUUAAAUCCUGCGCUGCCGCCCAAUUAGCGAGCGCUGCCCCGGAAGCAUAGGAGGUGGCCCGGGGCUGGGAGGCGCUGCCGGGAGCCGCGGCCGUGCAGGGCCGGAGAGGAACAUUGACCUUCAUCCUGAAGAAGACAUCGCUUCCACGAUACUUUGACAUAGUCCCCUGAAAAUGAAGCAAGAUUCUACUAGAAAUGCUGCUUACACUGUGGACUGUGAAGAUUAUGUGCAUGUGAUAAAAUUCAAUCCAUUUGAUAGUGGAGAUGCAUGUUCCCUCAUUGCGUAUGGUGGCAAUAACUAUGUAGUUGUAGGGACAUGUAGAUUUCAGGAAGAGGAUGCAGAAGUGGAAGGCAUGCAAUAUAAGACACUACGAACGUUUCAUCAUGGAAUCAGAGUUGAUGCCAUAGCAUGGAGUCCAGAAACUAGACUUGAUGCUUUACCUCCCCAGAUAAGGUUUUGUACAGCAGCUUCUGAUAGGAAGUUAAGGCUAUUUACUUCAGACCUGCAGGACAAGAAUGAAUAUAAGAUGUUUGAUGGCCACUCAGAUUACAUUAAUGAUCUGGUGUUUUCUCCCAAAGAAGGUCAAGAAGUUGCAAGUGUAAGUGAUGAUCACACUUGCAGAGUCUGGGAUUUGGAAGGAAAUGAGAAAGCCCAUUUUGUUUUACGUUCUCCUGGAAUGAGUGUGUGCUGGCAUCCUGAUGAGGCUUUUAAGCUGAUGGUAGCGGAGAAAAAUGGGACAAUACGAUUCUAUGAUCUAAUUACACAGCAGGCCAUCCUCUCCCUAGAAUGUGAACAAACGCCACUGAUGUCAGCAGACUGGUGUUUAAAGAAUACUCUUAAAAUUGGAGCAGUUGCGGGAAAUGAUUGGCUCAUAUGGGAUAUCACUUGCUCCAGUUAUCCGCAGGAUAAGAGACCUGUCCAUGUUGAUCGAGCCAGAUUAUUCAGGUGGUCCCGUGUGAAUGAAAACCUGUUUGCAACCACUGGAUAUCCAGGAAAGACAACUACUCAACUGCUUGUUCAUCAUUUAGGACAUCCCCAGCCCAUUCUUACUGGUACUGCAGCUGUAGGAUCUGGACUGACCUGGCACAGAACUCUUCCCUUAUGCGCAGUUGGAGGAGACCAUAAAAUUUUCUUUUGGGUAACUGAAAUGUAAAAUAAGUAUUUGCUUCCAAUAUUUGUACAUUUGACACUUUGUUACUUACCUUAAAACAUACACUUUUUAAAUGUUGUAUUUGGUGUGAAUUUAUUUUUUAAAAGUUUUUUAAAGAGAUUUUGUAUCUGACAGUCUCAGUUGUUUUCAGAGAGUACCUACAGCAAGAACAGCUGUCUUUGCCUUAACUUUCUGUACCAUCACUGUUCUAUAAGAAAGAGAUACAAUAUGUAAUAUCUUAAAAUGUUGUCUGUGCAUGUGUUUGUUGAAUAAAGUAUUUCCACAAACUGGGAAGAAGCUAAUGGUGUAAUCAUAAUAACUUUAAGCAGUAUUAUUUCUAUUAAGAUAACAUACGGUUUCAGUCCCAGUAUACCAAACAGCUUGUGUGGUGUUAUUUUUGUUUGUUUGUUUAUUUGUUUUGUUCUUGUUGUUGUUUACAACCUUUUACAGGAAAAUCUGAGUUUUAAAGUUCUGGUUAUUUAUUUUUUCCAAAAAGAUAUUCUACUGCUGCUCACGUUAAAAUAUAAAACGUAUAAAGCUGUUCUGUAAUAUUUCUUCUCCUGGAAGUCACACUCCAUUUUUCUGCAUGUUCCUAUACACAUUUAAAAUAUGUUCCUACUUUGUAAUGAGUUAUCUCUUAAGGUUUUUAAGUCACCUUGGACUGUGGACUAAUUAAAAAAAAAUAUUAUUUUAACACAAAGUUUUUGAAUAUCAACAGACAAAAAAAAUCAGGCUUAACUGUUGUUUAUUUGUAGUUUUAUUUGUUGUAUUUGUAGUUUUUAUUUGUUGUUUAUUUGUUGUUUAUCUGAGCUACCAGCAAACUAAAAGACAUAUUCCAAUCUGUUAUCAUUAUUGAUUUAUAUUUAUCAAUGUAAAUAUUUUUUAGAAAAACUAUUUAGUAAUUGAAUUGGUACAGUUAAAACCUGUAAGGUCUUUUUAACUUCAGGGUUGUCCUAUGUAGUCUAAAUUGAGUUACCCUCCUCUAAACAGGAGAGAUUUGCUGUAUGCUACCACCAUUUGCUUCUGUGUGAACUUUCUUAAUAUUCAGUAAAGACUUGCCACAAUACGAACAAAAAGCAGUAAUUAGCCUAGACUGGGAACUUCCAUUUGUUUAGAUGGUAAUGCCCCAUCUCAAUAAAUCAUGAUAUAAUCAGGCAAAUGCAACAAUCUGAAAGACCUUGUUUCACUUUCUGCAGGGGGGUUCCCAUCUCCUACAGCUUCAUCUUCAGUUAUCCUUACUAAGGAAACAAAACCUGCAAUUCUCACUGAAUUUACUUCUCCUAGUUUUGGAGGAAAGUAACUCCAAAUCCCAAAUAUAAACAAUUUCUAUAGCUGGAAAUGUGAGGAGUCUCUGGAGUUAAUCUGAUUGAACAAUAAAAAUUUUGCCAUUCCA